UCGCCAUUAAGCUAGAAAUCAGAACUCUGACUGCUUCCUAAAAGGAAGCAUAUUAGGUAAGAUCUAGGGGCAGAGAUCUUCAGAGAGAGCAUCGUUCUAGUCCAAGUCAGUCAGAAAGAUUUAAGUAGGGGUUUUUUAACCAAAUCAUCUGGGUCGAUUGCAUACCGAGUUGAAGAAACUGCCACUUCUUGAACAGGGUCUGAACAAUGGAGACGGCGCUAGCAAAAACGCCACAGAAAAGGCAAGUUCUCUUUCUUGCUUUAUUGUUGCUUUUGUGGGAGGCUGGCUCUGAAACAAUUAGGUAUUCCAUGCCAGAAGAAACAGGAAGUGGCUCCUUUGUGGCCAACCUAGCAAAAGACCUGGGGCUCAGGGUGGGAGAACUGGCCCCUCGGGGUGCGCGCAUCCAUUACAAAGGAAACAAGCAGCUCUUGCAGCUCGAUAUAAAGACCGGGAGUUUACUUCUCUCUGAAAAACUAGACCGGGAGGUGUUAUGCGGGGCGACAGAUCCAUGUGUACUGCAAUUCCAACUAUUACUGGAAAACCCAGUACAGUUUUUUCAAGCUGAUCUUCAGCUCACAGAUAUAAAUGACCAUUCCCCAGAGUUCCUAGAAAGGGAAAUGCUCCUAAAAAUCCCAGAGAGCGUCCAGCCAGGGACUGUGUUUCCUUUGAAGAUAGCGCAGGACCUUGACAUAGGCAGCAACACUGUUCAGAACUACACAAUCAGCCCCAACUCCUAUUUUCAUGUUGUCACUCAUAAUCGCGGAGAUGGCAGAAAAUACCCAGAAUUGGUGCUGGACAAAGCGCUGGAUCGGGAGGAGCAGCCCGAGCUCAGUUUAACGCUCACGGCACUGGAUGGUGGGGCUCCGCCAAGGUCUGGGACGACUACCAUUCGCGUUGAAGUCGUGGACAUCAAUGAUAACGCCCCUGAGUUUUCACAGUCGCUCUAUGAGGUACAGGUCCCAGAGAACAGCCCCUUAAACUCCUUAGUUGUCAGGGUCUCCGCCCGAGAUUUAGAUGCAGGAACGUAUGGGACUGUAGCUUACACUCUAUUCCAAGGUGAUGAAGUUACUCAACCAUUUGUAAUAGAUGAAAUAACAGGAGACAUUCGUCUGAAAAAAGCAUUGGAUUUCGAGACAACUCAAUAUUAUAACGUGGAGAUUGCGGCAACUGAUGGUGGGGGCCUUUCAGGAAAAUGCACUGUAAUUAUACAGGUGGUGGAUGUGAAUGACAAUGCCCCUGAAUUGACCAUGUCAACUCUCACCAGCUCUACCCCGGAAAACUCCCCAGAGAUUGUAGUUGCUGUUUUCAGUGUUUCUGAUCCAGACUCUGGGGACAAUGGCAAGAUGGUUUGCUCCAUCCAGAAUGAUCUCCCUUUUCUCUUGAAACCAACAUUCAAGAACUUUUACACCCUGGUAACAGAAAGCCCAUUGGACAGAGAGACUAGAUCCGAGUACAACAUCACCAUCACCGUCACCGACUUGGGGACACCCAGACUGAAAACCCAGCACAACAUAACCGUACUGGUCUCCGACGUCAACGACAACGCCCCGGCCUUCACCCAAACCUCCUACACGCUGUUCGUCCGCGAGAACAACAGCCCCGCCCUGCACAUCGGCAGCAUCAGCGCCACAGACAGAGACGCGGGCGCCAACGCCCAGGUCACCUACGCGCUGCUGCCGCCCCAGGACCCGCAGCUGCCCCUGGCCUCCCUGGUGUCCAUCAACGCGGACAACGGGCAGCUGUUCGCCCUGAGGGCGCUGGAUUACGAGGCCCUGCGGGUCUUGGAGUUCGGCGUGGGCGCCGCGGACCGCGGCUCCCCGGCGCUGAGCAGCCAGGCGCUGGUGCGCGUGCUGGUGCUGGACGCCAACGACAACUCGCCCUUCGUGCUGUACCCGCUGCAGAACGGCUCUGCGCCCUGCACCGAGCUGGUGCCCAGGGCGGCCGAGCCGGGCUACCUGGUGAGCAAGGUGGUGGCGGUGGACGGCGACUCGGGCCAGAACGCCUGGCUGUCGUACCAGCUGCUCAAGGCCACGGAGCCCGGGCUGUUCAGCGUGUGGGCGCACAACGGCGAGGUGCGCACGGCGCGGCUGCUGAGCGAGCGCGACGCGGCCAAGCACAGGCUGCUGGUGCUGGUCAAGGACAAUGGCGAGCCGCCGCUGUCGGCCAGCGUCACGCUGCACGUGCUGCUGGUGGACGGCUUCUCGCAGCCCUACCUGCCGCUCCCAGAAGCGGCUGCCGACGCGACCCAGGCUGACCCGCUCACGGUCUACCUGGUCAUCGCGCUGGCGUCGGUGUCGUCGCUCUUCCUGUUCUCGGUGCUGGCGUUCAUCGCGGUGCGGCUGUGCAGGAGGAAUAGGGCCUCCUGGGUGGGUGGCUGCUCGGUGCCCAAGGGCCACUUUCCGGGCCACCUGGUGGAUGUCAGCGGUAGUGGGACCCUCUCCCAGAGCUAUCAAUAUGAGGUGUGUCUGACAGAGGGUUCCAAGUCAAAUGAGUUCAAGUUCUUGAAGCCGAUUCUCCCCAAUCUUCUUCCCCAAAGCACUGGCGAAGAAAUGGAGGAAAACGCCACCUUCCGAAAUAGCUUUGGAUUCAAUUAGGGAUCUCAUCAUGAUGCAGUGUGUUUUGUCAUCCAUAUCUAAUUUCCCCAGAUACAGAAUUUGACAGCGUCAUGGACAAUAAUUCCACCUUCAGGUAUAGCCUGAUUUCCCUUUUGUAAUGUAUUUGUCCAUUGCACUUUAUCUUGUCCAAUUUUAGAAAACUCGAUUUUAUGCCAUUGCAUUAUUUACAUAAUGCCAUUCCAAAACCAUGCAUGCUGUUGAUUUUCCUGAAAUGUUUGCUCCUCUCGUUGGCAUUUGAUGUGAUGACCACCUUAAUAAAAUAAAAUAUUAGUU